AUGGCCGCCACCACCGCCGCAUCCCAAGAGUUCGCCGCCUUCUACCUUCAGCGGACGACCCAGGAGUUCGCCGAGGACCUCGACAAGGUCCGCGAGGCCGACGAUUUCAAGGCCGACUCGGUGCCUUUCCUUGUGCACGCCCUGCAGCAGGGCACUGCGCUGUACUCGGCCCUGGACCAGGAGCGCGUCGUCAAGCCUCCCGCUGCUACCGCAGCCGCAACAGAGAAUGAGGACGUGGACAUGACGGAGACAGUGGCAGCAGAGGUUGAAGAGAAGGAGGAAAAGAGCGGGAAGAAGGAGAAGAAGGACAAGAGCAAGAAGAAGAGGAAGUCCUCCGGCUGA